UAGAUACACAGGAGGAUUUAUUUCACUUUACUGUGACUGUGUGAUGUACAAAGCUCAUUGAAAUCUCAGGCUGAUUAUUGCUGAAAAUACCACAGGCUCUUGGGUCUCACUGAAUUAAACAAUAGUAUCCUCAAUCGUGAAAGAUCUGCCCUCCAGCUUUAAUGCAACCAUGCCAGCUCUGUCUACUGCAGCAGGAUUACAUGAGGUGCUAGCUCUUUUGACUGCACAGCUAAGGCCGGAUGCGAAUCUCACAGCGGAAAUUGGCUUCCUUACCGAAGUCUUUAGCGAAAAUAGUUUUAACUCACUUAUAAAGAUUCAUCAGAAACUUCAGCAGUACAUCCGGCAAAGUCCAUUGCCUGCUAUACACAGCGCAGCAGCUUUAGCUGAGAAGAUAACGGAGGAGCUGCAAAGUGGACCAAACAACAGUGACAUAAGAGAAUUGAUACAUUUACUGGCCAAACCACACCUUCAGGCUGUACUCUCAGCACAUGAUACGAUUGCACGCAAGGCCUUUGGUCCAGUUCUACCACCAAUGCCAGAUGAUCUGGAAGUUGAGGAUGAGGAGGAAUCGAUGAAGAUUGUCCACCUUGUGAAAAACAAAGAACCAUUGGGGGCGACAAUUAGGAAGAGUGAGCAAACAGGUGCGAUUGUUGUGGCUCGGAUCAUGCGAGGAGGAGCAGCAGACCGUAGUGGUUUAGUGCAUGUUGGAGAUGAACUGAGAGAAGUUAAUGACAUUCCAGUUGAGCACAAGCCACCAGAAGAAAUCAGUCAAAUACUGGCCCAUUGUCAGGGUUCAAUAACCCUGAAGUUAAUCCCAGCAGUCAAAGAAGAGGAUCAGCUGAAUGAAAGUAGGAACGCUUUUUACAAAAUCUCACGACGUCGAUUAAGGUCAAAGGUGCAUGUGAAAGCCUUGUUUGACUAUGACCCAAGUGAGGAUAAAGCAAUUCCCUGUAAAGAGGCAGGGUUACCUUUCAGGAAAGGAGACAUUCUUCAAGUUGUGAGCCAGGAUGAUUCUGUAUGGUGGCAAGCAAAGCGUAUGGGAGAUGCAAAUCUCCGGGCUGGUCUUAUUCCAUCAAAAAGAUUUCAAGAGAAGCGGCUUGCCUAUUGGCAAAAGCAUGCUACCUUGGAACAAGAGAAAAGCAGCAAAAGAUCAUCAUAUGACCAAAGUUGUGAGAAAGAGGACUGUGAUUGUGAUGGGUAUUUGAAUGGGUUGUAUAUAGCUGGCUUACGGAGAAGCUUUCGGCUGAGCAGGAAAUGCCGACAGAAUAACCAAACUGAAAAACAGACAAAGCAGAAUGAGAGUGUGGAAUACCUAACCUAUGAAGAAGUGGCCAUCUACCACCGUCGCCCUAACGAUACACACAGACUGGUGGUACUGGUUGGAUCUUUAGGAGCAAAAAUAAAUGAGAUGAGGCAAAGAAUAAUAGCAGAAAAUCCCAAUCGCUAUAAUGUGGCUGUUCCUUCAACAACAAGGCAAAAGAAAGCCCAUGAGAGGCAAGGCAUGGAGUACCAUUUUGUCAGCAAACCCUCAUUUGAAGCAGAUAUUCAGAGGAACAGAUUUGUUGAACAUGGGGAAUACAAGGACAAUCUGUAUGGAAUAAAUGUAGAUUCCAUCCGCACAGUAAUGUUAAAAAAGAAGAUUUGCUUAGUGGAUGCAAAUCCUCAAACAAUCAAACACCUCAGAACAGCAGAAUUUAAACCAUAUGUUAUAUUUGUCAAGCCGUUUAUUCAAGAACCACGGGCCAACUCAACAGCAGCUAAAACAGCAGAGAUGGAUGUCAUUAAGGAAUUAGGGGAAGAUGAUUACUGGGAAAUGACUCAGUCAGCAGCCCAUGUCGAAGAGAAGUAUGGUCAUCUCAUCGACAAAGUGUUGGUGAAAGGCGACCUUCAAACUGCAUGCAAUGAAUUAAAAGUUAUUCUGGAGAAUAUAGAAAGGGAACCGACUUGGGUCCCAGCUAGCUGGGUCCGUUCGUAGUUCUACGAACCAAAUUCAGCUGUCAUAAAAAUGUCCCAUCUUCUUAUUUUUGAACAAAUCAAAAACAUUGAUCUGAAAUAAAUUUUAUUGUUACUGUUGGUGAUAGUUUACACACAUGAAAAGCUAAUAUCUCAGUGCGCAUGGCAAAUGUGUAUAAUUGAAAAAAAAUGUGUAUAAUUGAAUUGAGUCUCUCCAUUCUUAGUUGUGUGUGUAUAUGCUGACAAGGAAUUUAUAUAAAUCACUGAAACUAUGACUCUUAACUUAGUUGGAAAAAGUAUUUUUUAUUCUUAGCAAUACUUGAAUGGUGGAAAUGGGAUAAAGAAUUUCAAGUUCAAUGUUUAAACUUGAGGGCUGUGUAGUUGAGGAGGAGAGUGGGGUUGAUGAGAAAUAUAUAUGUACUAGGAGUAACGACAUUCUCCUACAUUCGGCAUCCAGAGGCAUCUUUCUUCAGCUGAGUUGUACCAGGUAAUGCUGAAAAAUUCUACUUCUGAGAAUUCAGUCUAUAAAAAUAGACGUACAACGAACUACUGUAGAAAUAAAUGAAGAGAAACUGCAGCUGGUCAAAGGCCAAAAGGAAUACAAAAUUAAGUAUUUGCACUCCCUGUAAAGUAGGCUGCUGAGCAUAUAGUCAUGACUUCAGCUUGUGUAUUGUGUUGAGGGCAGGAAUUUGUAGUUGGUCAACUUGCAAUAUAACAAUAGCUGUACAUCGUAUUAUGCAUGAAAGAUUUAUUUACAUCGGCUUUGAUGGAACUGCAUUAUGAAGAUAGAGAUGACAUUUUUGACAACUUGCUACCCAGGUGUUUGCAAGCAAUGCAUUGGGUGAGGUGCACAAAGCUACAUUUUAAGAUACACUGUUUAGGAAAGCUAGUAGACUGGAAGCCAGAGCUUUAGACUUCUAAUCCCAAGACAUGAAAUCAUGCUCCAUCAGUCCAGUUGGAGGAUUUAAGUUUAAAGGAUUAAAUAACUGCACAGUGAGUAAACAACAGUAAAGAAGAGCUUAUUCAUCAUAUACGCUGGGAACGCACUAGAUCCUUUUUUAACAAUAAAGGUGACUGUAAAGCUGCUAACUUAUUGAAAAAAAAGACCAUGUGGUUCAGUAGCUUUGCUUGGGGAAGGAUACAAUGCUGUCCUUUCCCAAUACAGGCUUCAUGUAGCUCCACGCCCAAUACUGUGAUUGACUCUUAAUUGCCUCCUCAGUUUGAGGGAAAUUAGGAUGGACAAUAAAUACCAUCAUUGCUAGUACUGCCCAAGUCCUGUGAAUAAAUUAACAGUCACUUUGCAUGUUGACAAUAAACCUUUUAUAAGAAUGAUUGUGACAACCGAAUAGUUUUUAGAAAACUGAGGUAUUUUUGAACUACAACGGACUUUUGUAUAUACAGUAAAUCCUACCCAUCAAGAUGCAUUUCCGUCAUCUGAUGAAGCAUUUAUGUGUGUAAUUUCCCUAUAUGAUUAUAGAUCAUGGAAUAAGCAGACUGAGUCCUACUGCAUCCAUAUUCACACAUCAUGAAUCACAUGAAUUACGAUCUGUGAGUUGAGAAUAGGUUACAUCUCUGGAAGAAUUACCUUUCAUUACUUUUACUGUGUGUAAAACAACCAGUUGGAGAGACCAACAUUUUGACAAAAAAAAUUCAAACUGCUUUUUGUUUUGAAGCACCUAUUUUGUUAUAUGGUUGCUAAGAGUCAUUUCCAUGAAAGGGAAUGCUUGCAAUGAAGACAUUUAAUAAGGAACACUUGUGAUGAAGAUAUUGUUAAAGAAGUUAAGCAUUUAUUUAUUUACUGAGAUAUAGUGUGCAAUAGGCCCUUCCAGCUCUUCAAGCCAUGCCACCCAGCAAUCAUCCGACUUAUCCCCAGCCUAAUCACAGGACAAUUUACAAUGGCCAAUUAACCUACCAACCAGUAUGUCUUUGGACCUGGGAGGAAACUGGAGCACCCAAGGGAAUCCCACGCAGUCAAGGGGAGAAUGGACAAACUCCUUACAGGCAGUGGUGGGAAUUGACCCCGGGUCGCCUGCACUGUAAAGCAUUGGUCUAACCACUACGCGACCAUGCCAGCCUCUGCACUUCUCAUAUUCAAAUGAAAUUUAAGAUUAAGUUACAACAAUUUACUCUUUACAAGCUGUAUUAAGUAAAAGAUUCCCCCCCACCCAUCCUUCUAACCUCAAGUGAGUACAGGCCCAGAGCCAUUAAACAGUCCUCAUUCAUUAACCCUUUCAUUCCCAGAAUCAUUCUCGUGAACCUCCUCUGGACCCUCUCCAAUGCCAGCACGUUUUUUUUCUUAGAUAAGGGGCCCAAAACUGCUCACAGUACUCCAAGUGCAGUCCGGCCAAUGCCUUAUAAAGCCUCCACAUUACAUCCUUGCUUUUAUAUUCUUGUCCUUUUGAAAUGAAUGCUAACAUUGCAUUUGCCUUCCUUACCACCGACUCAACCUACAAGUUAACCUUUAGGGAAUCCUGCAUGAGGAUUCCCAAGUCCUUUUGCAGCUCUGAUUUAUGUUUUUAUCCCCCAUUUAGAAUAUAGUCUACACCUUUAUUCCUUCUACUAAAGUGCACGACCAUACACUUUCCCACACUAUAUUCCAUCUACUACUUCUUUGCCCAUUCUCCCAAUCAUUCCUAAGCCCUUCUGCAGACCCCCCUGCUUCCUCAACAAUACCUGCCCCUCCACCUAUUGUCAAUUCAAUUUCUUUUUCCCAUCCUUUUAAAAUCUCAGCAAACUGAAAUUACAAGAUAUGAAUGAUGGUGCUAAUAUCAGCAUUAAAUACUCCAGGUAUCACGGAUUACAUUUAAUAUUACAGCAUAAAAAGGGGCCAAUUACCAUUCGUAUUUACUUACCCCCACCUUAAACUCAGGCUAAAGUUUAUUCACCACACUGUCAAACAUGCACUUAAUCACCUCAGCAGAACAUAUAUCAUAAUAGUUCUAUCUGUACUGAUCCCUAACUUAUCUGCGGAGUACCUUUCUAUGGUCAACUUGUCAGUAAGGUCUGGGAUAUGAGUGUUCAAUCCUACAAUCCAUAGAGCUACUGUGAUGAAUAAAAUUUCAUUAUUGGGAAUGCAUGGAUUGACACUGAUCUGCAGUGAACAUGCUUAACUAAAUUAUAAAACAAUAGAACAUUUACAACAUAUAUGAUGGGCCAGGUGGCCUCCUUCUUUGUGUUGGAAAAUAACUUUCUACCCAGUGGAAAUACAAUUCCAGCAUUGGGUCUAUAGCUCUAUAUGACUCUGCUCCCAGGCACAUUUACAGAUAGUCUGGUUCUGAUUGUAUUCUAGCAGCUGUGUUCUGAUCACUCAGCAGAAUGGACUAACAUUACAUCACAUGGCAAAAUGAGCUGCUUUUUCAUCCAAAAGUCAAAAUGAAAUGAAGUAGGUCUACAUGGUGCUGUUUGUUGGCAUAGGUUUUGAAACUGAAAUCAAAUCUAGUCUGGUGCUCAAUUUUAAAAUGUGAAUAAUAAUUUCUCAAAGCAGCAAGCAAGUCAUUUGUAAAAUUAUUAUCAUCCUAAAUUUCAAAUAGAGAAAUUAAAUUCAAGUAUUUAAAUAAUAAGGUUAAGGAAGCUAGUUAAUCUCAGUAACAGUAACCACAUAAUCACCCCAAAAUGCCACCAUCUGAUGUCAAUUUCCUGUAUUUGUCUCUCAGUUAAAAUGGAGACCAAGGCCACCAAUUACAUCUGGUGUAAACAUUUGUCACUUUCCUUAUAAUCAAUAACCAAACAGUUUAUAAAAAUACUUAGGGAUGUAUGAUGGAAUUAAGCUUUACUGUGGCAAAGCAGGCAAUAUCCUGUUCAUUUGGAGAUAUACAAGUUGUAGCACAUCAUCACUCAAAGUCAAAAUUACCUCUAAUUAAUAUAUAAUUUUCGUGUGCAAUAGAGGAUAAUUUAAUAAGCAUGGAACAAUCCACAGCUCACAAUGUAAACAAAAGCAAAUCAUUACUUUCGUAUGUACUAACACCAAAAAGUGUCAUGUUUUUAAAGUGGACAAUAUUUUGUGGUUGUAUUGAUUUAAUUUGUGUUAUAAGAGGUGUGGUUAUGAGCUUAUGGACAGAAAAGUGUAUUUGAAGCACUUUAAAAAUCUUCAUAAGA